CCCGCCCCCGCGGAACCCGCUUGCUGGAGCUCAGGGUUGGUCAGGCCUAAGAGGGCCCUAGGCGGACGUGAGCAGGGUCGGACCAAGAUGGCGAUGCAGGUGGUGCAAGCGGUGCAGGCGGUUCAUCUGGAGUCGGAUGCUUUCCUAGUUUGUCUCAACCACGCUCUGAGCACAGAGAAGGAGGAGGUGAUGGGACUGUGCAUAGGGGAGUUGAAUGAUGACACCAGGAGUGACUCCAAAUUUACAUAUACUGGAACUGAAAUGCGCACAGUCACUGAAAAGGUUGACACCGUCAGAAUUGUUCACAUCCAUUCUGUCAUCAUCUUGCGACGUUCUGAUAAGAGGAAGGACCGAGUGGAAAUUUCACCAGAGCAGCUAUCUGCGGCCUCAACAGAGGCAGAGAGGUUGGCUGAACUAACAGGUCGUCCCAUGAGAGUGGUGGGCUGGUAUCACUCCCAUCCUCAUAUAACUGUUUGGCCUUCACAUGUUGAUGUUCGCACACAAGCCAUGUACCAGAUGAUGGAUCAAGGCUUUGUAGGACUUAUUUUUUCCUGUUUCAUAGAAGAUAAAAACACAAAGACUGGCCGGGUACUCUACACUUGCUUUCAAUCCAUUCAGGCCCAAAAGAGCUCAGAGUAUGAGAGAAUUGAAAUCCCAAUCCAUAUUGUACCUCAUGUGAGCAUUGGAAAAGUGUGCCUUGAAUCAGCAGUUGAGCUGCCCAAGAUCCUGUGCCAAGAAGAGCAGGAUGCAUAUAGGAGGAUCCACAGUCUUACACAUCUGGACUCAGUAACCAAGAUCCAUAAUGGUUCAGUGUUUACCAAGAACCUGUGCAGUCAGAUGUCAGCAGUCAGCGGACCUCUCCUACAGUGGUUGGAGGACAGACUGGAGCAAAACCAACAUCAUUUGCAGGAGUUGGAACAAGAAAAGGAAGAGCUUAUGCAAGAACUUUCUUCUCUAGAAUAAAGUGGGAGACAAAAUGAAGAAAAAAUGAAAAUAUCCAAGUGUAAAAUUAAUUAAGCUAAAUCAAUUUUGAAGAAAAAGUGGGAAGACUCACAUUACUUGAUUGAAGACUUACUAUAAAACAAGAGGAAUCAGAUGGUAAGGUGUAUGCCCAACUGAUUUUGACAAAGUUAUGAAAGCAAUUCAGUAAAGGAAGGAUAUUCUUUUUAACAAAUGAUGCUGGAGUAAUUGGA